ACACAUCCUGUUAAUGUUUGACUGCAGUGGCAGAGGCUCUGUUUGUUGCAGUCGACUACGCCCUGAAGCUCACCAAAAACAGCCACAAAAACAGCCGUUUCCUCUUCGUGGAGAGGUGGGGGGGCCUUUUCCGCACAACAGCGGCUGUUCUCCCAUCCCUGCACUCGCACUCGCUUUGCACUCUCCCAUCCCUGCACUCGCACUCGCUUUGCACUCUCCCAUCCCUGCACUCGCUCGGAUCUUCAGAGAGGGAGACAGCAAAGCAAAUUCCUCGAGAUCCGCCAAACUUGCAGAGCUCCUCUGGGAUGACAGCAUUCGCCUCCCGCGUGCCUUGGCUUUGAGAGAAUGGUACUUGUCGCAGUUUGUAGGAUAUACUGAAGUUUGCACCUGAAAAAAAAGGCUUUUGGAGUGGCACCGGUUGACUUGGAGGACCCAGCACACCUAGCACGCUUCUGGCAAGCCUCCCUGCUUCCGCUUCAGCGGCAGCUCACGCUCUCCUGCCUUGAGACUGGAUUCUUUCUGGAUUCACCUCGUCUCAAAAGGAAUGGACCUCCCUGUAAUUCAGUUCAUCCCGGGACUGGCAUUCCUUAUCAAAGUGCAAGAAGGUGGAUAAGUCAAAGCUGGGAAGGACCUAAAAAAGCUUCUUCGCGUUCUUAUUUUAUGGAAUUCUCCUACCUACCUCGCAAAAUUCUUAUUUCCUUGAUCAGAAACACCUCUGGAGUUGACUUUGAGAAUGAACGGUGAUGUCCUCUAGCCGUUCGUAACAUCCUAGCAAAGCCGCCUCUGUUUCAAGUCCAAGUUCAAUGUGCUGCAGCUGACUGAGACCUUGUGCCUUCUGCAAAUAGAGACCGGCAGCAAGCUGACAGUCAGAUAUGACUGUCCAGAAACUGGUAGCCACAGCCGUGUUGGUAGCCCUGGUCUCGCUUAUUCUUAACAAUGCGGCUGCCUUUACUCCCAACUGGGUUUACCAGACACUGGAGGAUGGGCGUAAGCGCAGCGUGGGGCUCUGGAAGAUGUGCUGGCUGGCAGAAAAGAACAGAGGAGGUGCAAGCACGAGUGCCAGGCAUGGGCAAGGGGAGGAGCGCGAGUGUGAAGCCCUGGGCUGGGGUUCAGAGUCAGCUGGGUUCCAGGAGUCACGCAGUACUGUCAAACUGCAGUUUGACAUGAUGCGCGCUUGUAACCUCAUUGCCACUGUUGCUCUGACUGCUGGCCAGCUCAUCUUCGUCUUGGGCCUGAUGGAGCUACCCAUCAUCUCUCAGGAUACCCAAUGGUGGGAGGAGGCCAUCGCUGCCGUGUUCCAGCUUGCCAGUUUUGUCCUGGUUAUUGGAUUGGUGACUUUCUACCGCAUCGGACCAUACACCAGCCUCUCUUGGUCUUGCUAUCUGAACAUUGGAGCCUGUCUUUUGGCCACGCUGGCAGCUGCCAUUCUUAUAUGGAACAUCCUUCACAGGCGGGAGGACUGUAUGGCGCCCCGGGUCAUUGUCAUUAGCCGCACCCUGACUGCUCGGUUUCGCCGGGGCCUGGAAAACGACUACGUUGAGUCACCGUGCUGAAAGAGUGGACUUGAAAGGGGAAAGAUCUCCAAGGAGAUCUGCAUUGGAGUUGUUUUCUAUAAAUAUAUGCUAUAAUUUAAAAGUAAAGGUUGAAAGGCAUCACAAAGCUCACUCUUGUGGGCAGAGGCCCUCGAUUAUUAUUUGGAUGGGCUCCAUCUAUAUACAUAUGUAUAAAACACAUAAUUUUAUAUAUAUUAUAUUAUAUUGCCCUCUCCCUCUGCUGUACAGCACAGAAUGUUGGAUUGUCAGAGUCCUGACAGAGUGUCACAGCUAUGUGUCAGCAGUGUCCGCUGUAGCACACAGAGCAUAUGCCAAUAGAAUAUAGAAAAGAGGCAGUCAAACACAUCUUCUCUGUCUGCAUAAAGUUAUCCUGCUCUCUAAUAACAAUGUAAAAAGCUAUGACAGACCAGGGACAACAGCUUUGGAGUUAACAGGCAAUCUGAGAAAGCAGAAAACUCACUAUGGCAUUAGUGAUGAUUUUAACAGCUGUUUAAAUGUCACGAAUCUUUAGCCCUUCUAACCAUCCCUCUUCAAGAACUUCUCCUGAGUUGCCACGCCUGCUCCCCAGCCCCAGGCAGGAAAACGCAAAAGCAACUCUAACCGUUCUCAUUCUAUAAGGGAAAGCAGAAGGAGUACUUUGUAUUUUUUUCAGGCACCUUUUUUGUAUCCGAGAGAAAGGUUCAGGUUUAUCCAAGGUGUAAACAGACACACCAUUAGAAAUGAAAAGGGUACGCGUCUAGAACAGGCCAUACAUGUGGCUGAAAAACCUCCUUCGGUGUUACAUUGAAGGCAAACAUCUACAGGAGAAGGUUACCUGCACUCCCUAAUCAUCACAGAUAUUACUAACUUACAUUAAGAACAGAUAUUACAGGCCAAAUUAAUUCCUUUUCUUCCCAGCUUGCUUUAGCAUUUGCUGUGAGGCUUUCAGACCAGAGCACUGUGCCAGGACACCCAGCUCUGCCCAGCAAUGCUCAGAGGCUCAGAAGACAGGGGAUAGCAAAGAAUGUGACUGCCGCUCAAGCAGCCAGAUUGGAGAAUAAGACAAACACAUGUGACUAAGCAUGAGAUUUUAAACAGACUUGCCUGGUAACUUAAUGUGGUAAUGAAAAGAAAACAAUGGAGUACCUUCACAAUUAGGUGUCGUGUUUACAAGCCUGACCCCAAGAAGGCUCACAGAAUUCAUGUGCACGUAACUUCCAGUAGAAAAACCAACAGGUUAAACCUUGUUAGACAGGAAUAUCUAGAAUACAGGGACUAGAGGCAAAGUCAGAGGUUUAAAAGCUCCAGGGAUGCUACUCUGAGCACGGCUGCUGAUAAGUUUAAAGGCCCACGAGCUGUGAAUGUUACAGAUACUCCAGGACAGUUGUAUCACUCCCAGCUGAGUACGCUGCUUCUCUUCUUUAUCAUUAUUUCCACCAUAAAAUGUGAUCGUCAAGCUGGCUCUUGAGUUCUGUUCCGCACUCAGUUCUGAUGUAAUAAGAAACUCACCCCCAAGUGCUGCUCUGCACCGUGUUCAAAGCGAGCAGCGCUCUGCAGAGACUGAUGCUCCAGUGCAGCAGCUUUGUUCUAGACUAUCAGGGUAGAAUACCAUAAAGCUGACAAAGAGUUUCUUCUAGCAGUAGGUUUGUAAAAACCAACUAAGAUUUGUAUUCAUUUGCCCGCACUACUUUCUGGAAAAUCUUUUCUAGAAAUAAUAUGCUAUGAUUAAUUGCAGGGUUUUUUUAAAAAUAAAAUAUUGGAAUAUUUAAAAGACAUUAUAUUAUUUCUUCUAAUAUUGCAAUAUCCAUACUAUAAUAAUGGACAUUUUAAUUGAAAAAUCAGCUAUGUGGUUGGCAAAUUUGUAAUACUCAGUAUUACUGUGAUUAUUUUAGAUGUAUAAAUGAAGUUGUGAAUGUUCAUUUUCUUCUAGUGAUAAAGUGAGAUUUUUGCCAUACAGACACAGAAUAAGGUUGCUCGUUAUCAAUAACUUUUUCCUGUUCAGUAAAAAAGAAUCCACAGAGCUUGCAAUGUCUUGUAGACAAAGAAUAAGUAGAGCAUACAUUCAAAUGUCGGUAAAAUAAAGAUAUUUCGUUUUGUUAAAACUGAAAGGGAGAAUGAAAUCAGAGAGGAAAAACUGUAAGGAGAAUGUAGGAGGAUCCACACUUCAUACAAGCAUUUAAUGAAAAUAAACUGUACUCAUAAAGAAACACAUACAAAU